GUCCAUGUGAAGCUACUGUGACUGCGGCUACGAUUGCACGCGACCUUCACCAUGGCCACUCAUCGUGCCGAUGCCAGUAAUUUCUUGGAUAACCGGGGAUACUCCGGCCCUCUGGUUCGCGGUGUCAACCCAGUCACCCUUUUCGAGAAGGCAGUUCGCGAUCGCAUUACGGACUCCUACUACUGGAAGGAGCAAUGUUUCGGAUUGAACGCAGCAACUCUGUGUGAUCGCGCGGUCGAACUGAGCUUUGUCGGUGGUACAUAUGGUGUCUCUGAGAAGCCUUCGCCUUUCCUCUGUCUCGCCUUCAAGCUCCUCCAGCUCAACCCCAGCAAAGACAUCAUCCUCGAAUACCUGAACUUCUCCGACCCCGGCAGUGACGACGAGGGCGAUAAUCCAGAUAAUGCCAUCCUCCAGACGCGUGGAGACUUUAAGUACCUCCGAGUGCUGGCUGCUUUCUACGUUCGACUCACCUUCAAUGCGGUCGACGUGUACAAAACCUUGGAGCCGUUGCUGCUCGACUACCGGAAAAUCAAGCGCCGAGUUCGCGACGCGUAUACCCUGACCUACGUCGACCAAUUCGUCGACGACCUCCUCACCAAGGACCGAGUGUGUGGUACAAGUCUGUGGAAGUUGCCCCCGCGGCAGCAAUUGGAAGAUUUGGAGAUGCUGGACGAGCGGAUAAGCCCGCUUGCGGACGAGCUGGAGGAACUUGACCGGGAUAGCAAUAACGGUGAAGAGCGUGACGAUCGCGAUCGAAGUGACAAUGAAUCUCCCGGCAGGAGCGAUGAAGGCGAGGAUUGAAAGCAACAAGCGAAAUGCUUAUACCAAUUCGUCGCACCCCCCACCAGCCUUUCCAACUGCUGGCCGAAACUGGCCGAGCCCCAACUAUCCGCGUGCACCUAUGCAUCACGACCGGCCGUGCAGAGCCUGUUAAACCUCGCCAAUGGGUUUAUCGUCAAUGUCGGUGCACCCCCUUGAGGGACGUCUCAUCGCCGAGGUAUCUUUACCUGGGGACUGCGGCUAGAAUCAAUCGCUUAGGCUCAUAGGAGUUGGUUGAGCGAGAUUUCACAACCACGAUUGCCAGGGAUAUACUCCUGCGUUUAUUUCAAGGAGAUGCAUGGGAAUUAUCGAGACGUGGCUGCUCUAGUAUCAUUGAAGAUGAUGGAUCAAAUGCUAAGACAUCCAAAUAACUCGACCGGGACAAAAUCAAAAUUCAUCAUUCCUAAUAACCUUGCUGGCGGUGCCACUUCACCUCCCACCCUUUGAACCACGGACUAUCGUCCAGCGUAGCAACUUGCCAAUCUUUAGGUACAAGCCCCUUCUCUUCUUGCUCUUUGGCCCACUCUUCCAACUUAGGCAGAAUGACAUGUUGAACGUG